UCCUCUUCUUCCACGAAGCAGCGGCCCGGGGCAUAUCCCUCCCUCCCCAAACGCCUCGCGAUUCUUCUACGGGAUCCGGCCGGAUCGAAUCCGCUGCCGCCCAGCCACCACCACCACCACCGCCGGUUCCUCCUCCCCUGCGCCCCCGCCCACUGCACAGCCCGCGCAUUUGAUGAGUAUUUUUCUCCCCGUCCCUUGGCGCGAUCCGGUGGAUGCGAGGGACCUGCCCGGCCUCGACCCGCCUUCACCCCGAUCUUGCCUCCGCCGCCGCCGCGCCGCCCGCGGCGGGGAGGCUGCUGCUACUAUCCCCUGCUCUCGCCUCCCGUCCCCGGAGCUAGCCGCAGGCCCAUGGGCUAGGGGGUCCCCGCUCGCCCUCCUGCGAUCGCGAGCGGAGGGGCGGCUCGCGGGAUCCGCCCGUCUUCUCCUCGCGCUCUAGGAAGAACCCGGGGACGACUCUUUGAUCGAUCGGAGAGUUUCGCCUGCUUGUGGAUCGGUUCCUGCUGAUGCGAGAGUACUGUGAUUUUUUUUGGCUCCUUGGGAGUGUACAGUUUUGCUCCUUGGGAUGUGAAAGCUGUCCCGGGUGGGGAUCCAGGUCGCGCUAGAUUUUAACCCCGCUUUUGCCUUUCACUUUUCGCUCACUUAGUCACUUAAGAGGGUAAAGAUUGGGUUCGGCGGGCGAUUAACGCCCGAUCACUGUGCAGGAUUCUAUUCCACCUUAUCUUCUGAUCUCCAUUUCCGUGCUGUUUAAUGCAAGUGGUGGGGAGGCAAAGUAGAGAUUGUGUUGCCGGUUUUGGGGAAAUAUUCUUGGGACAUUCCGCCCUGUACAGAGAUAUACCCUGCUCCGAGUUUAGUUUCAUGUUCAUAGUGGUGGUGGUGGGGAGCGCACGUAUUACUCAUCCUGAUUAUCCCGGGCAGUUGGGGAGAUGGGUUCCUCGCAGGAGUCCACCUUCUCGUCGGCCUCGGGGGCUGCGCAAGUGAAUGCUUCCACUCUGGACUUGCUCCCAGUCUAUGCCAAGGAGCUUACUGCUGGCGGCGCUGCUGGUGCAUUUGCAAAGACUGCGGUGGCGCCACUGGAGAGGGUCAAGAUCUUAUUACAGACAAGAACUGAAGGUUUCCAGUCCCUUGGGAUCCUCCAGUCCUUGAGGAAGCUGUGGCAGUAUGAGGGAGUCCGAGGCUUCUACAAAGGGAACGGUGCAAGUGUGCUUCGGAUUGUUCCUUACGCGGCAUUGCAUUACAUGACAUACGAGCAGUAUAGGUGCUGGAUAUUGAACAAUUUUGCUCCAUCAGUAGGUACAGGGCCCGUCGUUGAUCUUUUAGCUGGCUCAGCUGCUGGUGGGACUGCAGUUUUGUGUACAUACCCAUUAGACUUGGCUAGGACCAAGCUGGCAUACCAGGUUUCAAAUGUGGGCCAAUCUGGCAAUGCUUUGGGAAAUUCUGGUCGACAACAAACAUAUAACGGUAUAAAAGAUGUCUUCAAGACUGUUUACAAGGAAGGAGGUGCACGAUCUUUAUAUCGUGGAGUAGGCCCAACUCUGAUUGGUAUUCUUCCAUACGCUGGCUUAAAAUUUUACAUAUAUGAAGAUCUGAAAUCUCGAGUUCCAGAAGAUUACAAGAAAUCUGUUAUACUGAAGCUCUCUUGUGGAGCUUUAGCUGGUCUAUUUGGGCAAACCCUCACUUAUCCGUUGGAUGUUGUCCGGAGGCAAAUGCAGGUUCAAAGCAAGCUGCCUCAAAAUUCAAGUGAUGGGUUCCGUAUAAGAGGAACUUUCCAGGGUCUCUUGCUCAUCAUUAGGUGCCAAGGGUGGAGACAGCUCUUUGCUGGCUUGAGCCUUAACUAUGUCAAGGUUGUUCCUUCCGUAGCAAUCGGUUUCACAACAUAUGACAUGAUGAAGACAUUGCUAGGAGUUCCUCCCCGAGAGAGAGUCCAUGCAUCAUCAGGUGCUAACAAAUGAAGCAAUGUUUGCCUCCUUAUGUUAGGGCCAAUGAAAUUGAGAAACUCUAGUCUGUGGCAUUGUGGUUCUUGUUAAGAAUCCUAUCCUUGUGUUGAACAGGAUGCAAAUUAUUGUAUAUAGGUCAAUUGGAUCUGUGCCUGUAACUUUCUGUUGAGUUGCUCAUAAAAUCAAUUAUGCUACUUGUGAUCUGUAACCGUAAAUAUAAUGGCUACAUGAGAUUGCUGUACAUUAACUAUACAAGAUUAGUACCAUGAUUGGAGAUUCUGAUCUGAAUUUUUUAA